AUCUGCAUGUCCGCGCAACAGCCUCCGACAAGCACUGCUGGCCAGUGGCGAUCCUACUUUGACGCGCUGAUCGAUGGCUGCUAUUACUACACUGGCUUGCCACUCUCACAUAAUCCAAGCCAUCAGGCACGGAAGCGCAUUGCAGACGAGCGACGCGAGCGGCUGCAUGGUGCUUCCAUAGCCGCGCCUGGAACAUCGCAGCCACAGACACCGUCACAGUCACCGUCCACCAGUACUCCCGAUGCACUGAAACAAACUCAAUCGCCAGUGCGGCAGUGGACGACAGAAGCCGAUUUCGCGCGGCGGCUGCACGAGUCGGGCAAACCAGCGAUUGUCGUGCUUUCCGUCAAUGGUGAUGCAUUUAGCGAGCAGUUCAAGCCUCAUUUCUACCGCACUGCGGCCGAGUUUCAUGAAGCGGUAGAUUUCGUUUGGGUCAAGUGCGUGAAUGCCCAAGCGUUUUGUCGUUCUCGCCAGGUGAUCACUUUCCCACAUGUCGAGCUUUAUGAAUCACGCCCUGAGGGCGAGCACGUUCCAGGACAGCCAAGACGAUACCGAGUUAGCAUUACACCAUUCCCAUUACACAUGAGCUACUACGGACUGCGAGAAAUGUUGCGGCAGAAGGACAUGCUUGGUUCUUUUGGGUAUCGGUCAAAUGGCGCUGCAGACGACAGCUGAAAGUUCAAAACGGAGGUGGUGCGAGGUCUAGAGAGCAGUUUUCCAUAGAUCCAUACAUGCAAAUACAUACACGAUCGUUUUCAAAGCAAAAG